CCGCCCCGCGGCCUCGCCAUUCCUGGGCAGGCCCCGCCCCCCGCCGCGAGCCCCCCGGCCCCGCCCCCCGUUUCCGCUGGCGGCCGCGGCGGCGGCGGCGGUGCGGGAGCGGGAGCGAGCCGGGACCCCACGUUCCCCAAGCGCGGAAUAUCCUGGGAUCUUCUCCCCUCAGUCAGCAGCCAAGGUGCUUGUAGGAAAUUCAAAGAAACAGGGUUGAGGAAAACGUGAAGCCUUGUCUGCAAACCUUGAGAAAGCUGGCAUCACAGCAAGAUAGACCUCAGCAACUCCUUUUGGACAAAGAAUUGGAAAAACUGGAUGGAGGACCUCGGCCUGCUUCAACUGAGAGUUCACUGCUUGCUAGAAUUUAAGAAGUGCAACAUGGCCAGAGGCUGCCUCUGCUGCUUGAAGUACAUGAUGUUCCUCUUCAAUUUGAUAUUCUGGCUCUGUGGCUGUGGGCUGCUCGGAGUGGGCAUUUGGCUAUCCGUGUCCCAAGGCAACUUUGCCACCUUCUCCCCCAGCUUCCCCUCGCUGUCUGCAGCCAACCUGGUCAUCGCCAUAGGCACCAUUGUCAUGGUGACAGGCUUCCUCGGCUGCCUGGGGGCCAUCAAGGAAAACAAGUGCCUCCUACUCAGUUUUUUCAUCGUCCUGUUGAUCAUCCUCCUGGCAGAGUUGAUCUUGCUCAUCCUCUUCUUUGUCUACAUGGACAAGGUAAAUGAGAAUGCCAAGAAGGACCUGAAAGAAGGACUAUUGCUGUACAACACAGAAAACAACGUGGGGCUUAAGAACGCCUGGAACAUCAUCCAGGCUGAGAUGCGCUGCUGUGGCGUCACCGACUACACAGACUGGUACCCAGUGCUGGGGGAGAACACAGUGCCCGACCGCUGCUGCAUGGAGAACUCCCAGGGCUGUGGGCGCAACACCACCACCCCUCUGUGGAGAACGGGCUGCUAUGAAAAGGUGAAGACGUGGUUUGAUGACAAUAAGCAUGUGCUUGGCACGGUGGGGAUGUGCAUCCUUAUCAUGCAGAUUCUGGGCAUGGCCUUCUCCAUGACCCUCUUCCAGCACAUCCACCGGACUGGUAAAAAGUACGAUGCCUGAGCGGGCUGGCGGGGAGCACCCCAGCCCCCACGCAGACACUGUGCCAGGGAAGAAGAUUUGAGCUUUGUGUUGCCUGCCCGUGCUCUCCAGACUGCUGACCCCUGCACCCGACUCCCCCCGCAGCCCACCCUCCCCCAGCCCACCCCGCCUCAG